CGAAAAUGCAAGGUUCUCUUCAGGCAGCAGCGCCUUUUCAUGAAAUUUCCAAAAGUCUUCGAUGCAGAUCAGUCUUCUCCGGUCCAUGGUCGCAAGGAUGAGACUCGUUGAGUUAUCGAUAUGCUAGCUUUGCUAACUGAAGCUAGAACCUAGAACUGCCUACGGUCAUGCACGACACAACCUCGCGUAGGCCGUUUGAGAAUUCUACUGCCAUAGUAAACGCCAAUAGCCGGUGCUUGGAGACAGCAUUGCGCCUUGCGAUGAUAGUGCCCACCGCUCAAUGGCGGCAAACGCAAAGCAGAGACCGCCUGCACCGCCGCCAAAAGUAUUGUGUGGCUUGCGCUGCGCCCAUGGAUCAUCCCCUCUUCCGCCUCAAGGCAUCCGCAUUUCGAAGACGACUAAUGGUGUAUAUCUGACACAGUCGUCCUCCAGCCUGCCGUACAACAUGAUCUUCGUACUUCGAUUGUAGCAACGUGGCAAUUAGUUUUCGUCAUUACCUUUCUUGCGUCCACGGCCGCGACUAGAGAGAGGGCAGAGCACAAUACAAGCGAAACACCAUAUUGAGCUGGUAUAUGGAGCCAUAUACAGCUGGUAGCCCACCUACGGACCGACUGAGUUAUCAUAUUGGAUCUGAAAACGGCGCUGUGGCCAGGAUGAUCUCGUCUCCCGCUUCACUCUGUCGUUUUCUAUGGCAGCCAGGAGUGCUGAGCAUGAGUCUAUUCACCUUGCUCGCCGUCUUUUGUGGCUAUUACAUGCUUCAGCAAUGGCCCAGGCAGGCUUGCAAGCAGGCUGCGAAAACCUUCCCGUUCAUGGAGCUACCGCCAGAAUUACGAGCCGAAGUCCUCACGUACCUCCUUGAGCCGCCAAUCGAAGCGGCUAAAGAGCAUGAAUUCCAGCCUCUGCGCUCUCGAGUCUCCACAUACCUGUUCAGCUUUGCGGACGACAUCGCAAUGCGUGUCCAUCGCCUCACUGGCCGCAUCAUUGCCGCUUCGGACGACAACCCAAUUAAACGGAUAGCUAGGCUGUUUGGCGUUAAUUGGAACAGCAUAGGCGCGGCCUUAGAGCGCCAUCAGCAGAACAAAAAGCUUAUGCAAAGCCCCACGUAUAGGCAUUUGACAACCAUGCGGCUUGUGUCCAAGGCAUUUGGUGCUGAGUUCUUCUCAACGUACCUCAUCCAUGCUCGGCCAGUCUUUACGCUUGAUGCAUCCUCGCCGCCACUCGGAGAUCCCUUUGGCAUACCCAAAGAUUAUCUCCCACUGGUCAAGAACUGCACGCUUCGCAUGAUCGCGAAGCCGGGCAUCGUCAAUGCGUUUGAUCCGCGACAGGCGUCAGCGCGCGACUGGACUCUACGAGACGCGGUCUUCGCGUCCAUGGAACAGAUGACCGAUCUUAGGAACAUGACUCUGACCAUCUCUGCGUGCGGAAACCAACUGUGGAAUCCCGUCUGGCUUUGGCAUUUCACGUCCCAAGCCUUCAAGGAAUCCGACGUGCGCGCGUUCAAACGGAUCGACUUCACGAUGAAGGAAUGGAACAUCCGCGCGCCCCACCAUCUCGCUCGGUCGGCUAAUGGCAGAGGCUGGGAAUGGCGAUGUGAGCGGGGACACCUCGUGAUGAAAGACGAAGAGGUGCAAGCCGUUAGAGCAUUUUCGUCUAGCUUGUAUGCCAAGUGUAGAACGUGCAAGAGAUUGCACAGACUGCGGAGUGGCGGUGUAGUGCAUAAUGACGACUCAGACACGUCUGGAGAUGAGUGGAGUUAAUUGCGGAUGACAGAGUCUACGUUGGUUAUGGAUUUUUCCUGGUUUUCUUUUUACGUCUCAGUGAUACCCCGAAUGCUUCCUUCGGCGAAUUAAGCUUAAUCUUACAUGCACGGAUUUGCUCCGAUGCUCUCUAAUAGAAC